AAACAACGUCAUCAGCCGCCAUUAAAGUGUAAUCGUGACAGACGAUAGACACCCGAGUGUAUCUGGAUCAGGAUGUCGAUGCUGUACCUCUGGCUGCCGUUGCUGCUCAUCAAAGUUCUCUCGGUCGACGGCGACAACACAACCUUCACGUACCUUCCCUACUCACAUGUGUAUGAGAGACGUUCCAUCGUCGGGACAGCUGGGUACCGCAUGCCUUAUACCGGCACUAUCCCUGGGCCAAUCAACGACGGAAAGGAAAUAAUAAUUGAAGGUGUUCCUACAUCCAGGGCUACAAGGAUGACCUUUGAAGUUUGUGACACCACAAACUGCCGAGCCAAUGUACCGCUUCACGUCCAGUUUCGGUUUAACACCGUGGUCACGAGCGUCUCUUCUAAAGCAAACAACGUGUGGGGGCGAGAACAAAUACUUCAGAGGAAUGACGCGCAAAGGGGAAGGAAGUUUGAAUUAAAGAUCAUCAUAUACCAGAACAAAUUUACAGUGCUCAUAGACAACAAAAGGGUAUUGGAGCCAACGAAUCUUCAGUCGUUGAACAACGUGAAAUAUAUCCAAAUUCGUGACCAAGUAACAGUUAACUGGAUAUACUAUUCGACCAACUUUCCCUCAAUGCCACUCUUAACAACGAGGCCCAGUCAUGGAAAGAUUAUCAUCAUCCGUGGUCGUCCCACCAACGGCGUCAAAUUUGCCAUCGCAGUUGAGUGCAAGAGAGACCUGAUUAACGAUGUGGCGCUGUUGUUUGAGGCGGUGCUGAGCACAGGCCAAGAAGAAGUACUCAUCAACCACCGAGUCAACGAAGCGUGGGACACAAAUUCGCAGUGCUGCUGCAACGAUAUUUUUCCGUUUGCGAACAACAGGGAGUUCCGGAUGAAACUGGCAAUGAAAGAGCCCACUGCUAAUAUAUUGGUUGACGAAAACACGGAGUACCAGAAGACUGAUCUGAUAGCCUGCACAGAAGCCUACAUCGUCUGGACGAAUGUGACGGUGACUCAAAUCAUUAUGACUUAAACACUUUGUUACAACGUCGUGUCUUAAACACUUUGUUACAAUGUCGUGUCUUAAACACUUUGUUACAACGUCGUGUCUUUAACACUUUGUUACAAAGUCGUGUCUUAAACACUUUGUUACAACGUCGUGUCUUUAACACUUUGUUACAACGUCGUGUCUUAAACACUUUGUUACAACGUCGUGUCUUUAACACUUUGUUACAACGUCGUGUCUUAAACACUUUGUUACAACAUCGUGUCUUAAACACUUUGUUACAACGUCGUGUCUUAAACACUUUGUUACAACGUCGUGUCUUAAACACUUUGUUACAACAUCGUGUCUUAAACACUUUUGUACAACGUCGUGUCUUAAACUCUUUGUUACAACGUCGUGUCUUGAACACUUUGUUACAACGUCGUGUCGUAAACACUUUGGUACAACGUCGUGUCUUGAACACUUUGUUACAACGUCGUGUGUUAAAUACUUUAUUACAACGUCGUGUCUUAAACACUUUGUUACAACGCCGUGUCUUAAACACUUUGUUACAACGUCGUGUCUUAAACACUUUGUUACAACAUCGUGUCUUAAAUACUUUGUUACAACGUCGUGUCUUAAACACUUUGUUACAACGCCGUGUCUUAAACACUUUGUUACAACGUCGUGUCUUAAAUACUUUAUUACAACGUCGUGUCUUAAACACUUUGUUACAACGCCGUGUCUUAAACACUUUGGUACAACGUCGUGUCUUAAAUACUUUGUUACAACGUCGUAUCUUAAACACUUUGUUACAACGUCGUGUCGUAAACACUUUGUUAUAAUGUCGUGUCUCAAAUACUUGUCAUAGUUAAAAGCUGUGUCUUAAAUACUUUUCAUACUAAAAUGUCGUGUCUAAAAUACUUGUCAAUAUAAAAAUGGAUUAACUAUUGGCUCCGUUUUCAACGUUAUGUCUUUAUAAAGUUUUAAUUGGACUGUUAUGUCAUUAAGUCGUAUUUACAUUAUCCUUUCAUAAACAGUUCUAUAAUUGUAUCGUCUUAGACUCGUCUUGUUUACAUGGUUCUCUUUUAAAUAAAUAUCUUAGCUGCUUUGACAUGUCUAUAAAAGUUACUAUAGUUUAAUUGGUUUGUCUUAAUUGCCUGCAUGGUUAUUUUGCUCUGAGUGAAGCAUUGCCAGUCUCAUAUUUUAUAUAAAUAGCUUGUCAUAGUCACUUCAUGUUUUGUUUCACCAUGGUUGUAGUUUUAUUUUAUUUUACUUUCGUGACGUUUGAAAUAUUUGUACAAGUACUUUGAGUUUAUAUCUUUGUUGAUGAACGAAUGUGUCAAAACAAACUCUGCUGUGCCUUUCAUAAGAGUUGCAGUUCAGCAUCCAUCAACUACGUGCCAUAAAUAGGGCUUGUAAGUAGGUCACCAACUUCUCAUUUUCGCAUUUGCCAACUAGUUGUUUUUUUUUAAGUAAAUUGGAAUAUUUUUAUUAAGACUGUAAAAAA